AAAAUUAAAUUAAAAAAAGGGAAGAAGGGGAAGAUAAAACUGUGGCUAAUCCCAGCCUCUCACGUCCUUAUCAUUUAUAGCCGUUCGUUUUUGUGAUCAAUUAGUUUCUAGCCGUCUGAUCUCCAUCAGCGAGAGAGAAAUUUGCUCUUUUGGCGCUCGUACAGAGGAUUCAAAUGAAAAAUGAGAAGACCCACCGAACCACCCAAGCCCAGCCCAGCCCAGCCCGCUGUCUUUCUUCCUCUACCCCCGAUUCCCUCGUCUCCCGCCGCCGCCGCCGCCCCCGCACACCGGCGACCUCGCUCCCGGGCUCGGCCCUCUCCCCACUGCAGCCGCCCUCCACCCCCACUCCCUCCUCCUCCCCUCGCCUUCUCCCCCAGAUCGAGCAGCAGGUUAGGCGGCGGCCAGAUCCGCCACGGUGCUUCAGGAUCCGCGCCGUCAUCACGCGAGGGAGGUCGGCUGCUUCUCCCCAGUCGCUCGCGCGCCAGGAGGGAGCUCGCUGCGGCUCGGCCGCUCCGACCCUAGCGUCAACGCCAUGGAGCUCGUCAACAAGGAGAACUUACCCCUGGAGGAGGGAUUCGGGAGCCUGAGAUAAAUCUUCGGGCCCAACAAGCAGGCUCCAGGAGGAGGAGGGUUGAGGCGUGGAUCGAUGUAGGUAGCUAUGCUGAUCGCCAGGCCUGCACAUGUAUACGGCCAGUGAGGUAUGGAAGGGGACGACGAGACCUCGGCGGUGGAGGCAGUGCUGGGGCUGAGCCCUCAGAUCUUCAUCAACGAGGUCCUCAACAUGGUUGACGACAUCCGCUUCCAGGCCUUCGAGUACUGCCUCCAGGAAGGUGCCCCUGCGGCCGUCAGCACCGCCACGGCGACCAAUCAGGCUGAGGAGCUAAAACGGGGAGUAAAUGCAAUUUGCAACUUGGUAACGGAUGUAUUGAACAAAAGAAUGAGCAAUUGGGAGAUGUAUUGCCUUCGGAAAUGUUUAACUGUACCUGAAGGAUUUGUGGCACCUGAAGAUGAUAAUUCUUCUGCAACGGUGUUGCAUAAAGAUGGGAAUUCUGAUUCGGAACUGGAUGCAGAACUUAAUUUUUUGAGAAAAAAACUGGCAGACGCUAACACGGAAUCUGAAGAACUUAGAAGAGAAAGUACUUCCUUGGAAAGGCAAGCUACAUACAAAAGUAACCUUAAUUCCUCUAUAACUGAAGUACUGAAGUUGUAUGAAGACAAAUCUGUUAAGGAGAAUAUUCAAGGUAUUGUGAAGGCAAUACCGAAGUUGCACCAGAAAAUGAAGGUUAUGAGAAGGAAAAAGGUUGAGGUUGAGGCCAUGGUGGGUCAAAAUGUUUGGAACGUCGAUUGUCUUAGAGACCAGAAGCGUUUAGCACUGGGUAGGUAAGGGUGGGUUCCACCGAGGACAUUCAAGAGGUGAACACGGCCGUGAAAGGCUUGCGGAAGGAGUAACUUGUGUUGUGGGUGUUUGCAAUAUGAGGAUGUCGACCACUCCUUGCACUGCCAGGUCCGCUGUAAUCUUUGUCAAGCUACCCUCUCGCUAGCUACCUGAACUGCAGUUUUAUCAGAAGACCUGCAUGUACAUGUAUGCAUACAUGAUCAGCAGAGUCAUAAAUAUAGGCAAUACUUGUUUGAUAGCAAGACUGUCUUGUUAUAGGUGCAUCAAUGAAAAAUAGAGCAUAUACUAAGGGAGGGGCCCCGGCGUAUUCUAACUUGUAUAAUCAGCAGAAGCUACAACUGCAACCAAUUGACCCAGCAGGAGUUGAGCACACGAAGGCCAAGCUUGCGUCCAGCUCUUUCUUCAGCAACAGACCGCUUGUUCCUCUAUAACUUCAACUGGGUAAUACCAUGGUGCUUGCGCUUACCAUCGACAAUACCCUUGGGGACUGGCUUCUUCCUGCCACAGAUACGGCAGGCCUCCAGAAUUCUGCAAGACCACUAUAGGGUUACUAACACUGUUGAACACAGACCUUUUGUUGUAAAAAACAAUAAUUCCAAUGCUCAUUUGAGCUGGGCUUUCUUCGUGGUUCAACCAUUGUGGCGUUUUGCGCUGCUGCAGAUUCA